AUGCCCCGAGAGCACGGCCCCGAGCAGCGCUGUCCAGCGUCCGCGCCGCCCCGGCCCUGCAUCCCGCCCAUCCCGACCCGUCCCGUCCCAUCACAUCCAUCCCGACCCAUUCCCGUGUCCCGUCCCGGUCCCGUGUCUUGUCCCAUUCCCGUGUCCCGUCCUGUCCCGUCCCGUGUCCCGUCACAUUCCCGUAUCCCGUCCCGUCCCAUUCCUGUGUCGCGUCCCGUCCUAUCCUGUGUCCCGUCCCGUGUCCGGUGUCCCAUGUCUCGUCCCGUGUCCCGUCCCAUUCCCGUGUCCCGUUCCCGUCCUGUCCCGAGUCCCGUGCCCCCUGUCCUGUUCCGUCCCGUGUCCCGUCCCGUCCCACGUCCCGUCUCGUCUCGUCUCCCGUCCCGUCCUGUCCCGUCCCGUCCCGUCCCGUCCCGUCCCGUCCCCGUCCCCGUCCCACGUCUCGUCCCGUCUCGUCUCCCGUCCCGUCCCGUCUCCUCCCGUCCCCUCCCGUCCCGUCCCGUCUCGUCUCGUCUCGUCUCCCGUCCCGUCCUGUCCCGUCCCGUCCCGUCCCGUCCCGUCCUGUCCCGUCCCGUCCUGUCCCGUCCCCGCCGCUCCCGCCGCCACCGCCGGUGCUCAAAGCGCAAUUUGUCUGAUCCGGACCAAUCACGCGCUGCCGCUGAGUCGCAGCCAAUAGCAGCCGCGGCCGCCGAGGCCUGGCCAAUGGGCGCGCCGCCCGCAGCCGCGCGGCCAAUGGCUGCGCGUUAUUCUAAUGGGCCGCGUCUUUAUCAGAGAAAUGUUGGCGCUGCCCGAGCCCAAGUUGGGGGUCCGGGGCCGGAGGCGCCGCGAGGUCACCGGGGCUGCCCGCGGCCCGGCCCCGCCGGCAUCCCCGUGCCAGCCAGGCGCCCACGGGCCAGCGCGGACUCCGGGGCUCUGUAG